AUGGAGUCAUAUAUUCGAGAAAAUAAAAAACUUACCUUUAAAUGUCCCAAAGGUAAAAAAUUGUAUCGAUAUUUAGACAUAUCAUUAAAUAAUAAAUCGUUACACGAUCAUCAUAUAUUAGAUUUAGUAAAAAUUUUAAAAAACAAUAUAAAAAUAACAUAUUCAAAUUAUUAUUGUUUGAAUGUCGAUCUGAGUGAAAAUUAUAUAUCAUGUGCAGGUUUAAAAACAUUAAUAAAAUAUAUAUUAAAUUAUCCUGAUCAUAUUGGUAUAAAUAUAUUAAAAUUAUAUAAAAAUAAUAUAAAAGAUGAAGGGGCAUCUUUAAUUAAACAAGCCGUAUAUGGCCAAAAAAUUCCUAUUGAAGAACUACAUUUAUCUCAUAAUUUCAUUCAAGAUGAUGCAUGCAAAGAAUUGUUAUUAAGUUUUGUUUUAGCAAAAAGAGACGCUAAUUAUAUAUAUCCAAGAUAUGAUAAAUUUCAAAGCCCUUAUAAACAUGCUCAGCAAAUUCCUGUAUGGAUACGGUUAGAAUAUAAUUGUAUACGGAAUCCUAAAGACAUAUUAAAAGAAGUGGAAGAUUGCGCGAAAAAAAAAAGAGGAUAUAAAAGUAAUUUAAUUAUUUGCUCCGCUUUAAAAAGUGAUAAAAGAUGUUGCCCAUAUAAAUGUUUAAAUUCAACAAACUGGAAUCCUCCAAUAAUGCACGUAUAUAUGUUUAUACAUCAAAAAGAAAAUAUAGUAAAUGGAAAAAUAGUUAAAGAUGAUAAAAAAGAAUAUCCAAUUUCUGGAUCUAUAGAUAAUGAUAAAAUAAAUGAUUUAAAUCCCGAAGGAAAACGAUUAGAUACGGAUACCCUUAUAAAUAUGAAUAUAAAUAAUAAUGGUGAUAAUAUAAAUCAUAAUACUAAAGAUGGUAUUAAUGGUUUAGUAAGUUCUAAUAAAAUUAUUAAAAGGGGGAAAAAACCUAAUGUACAAGAAGAGGAAGAGGAAGAAGAGGAAUAUGAGGAAUAUGAAGAUGGGGAGGAUGAUGAUGAUGAAGAUGACGAAGAUGAUGACGAUGAUGAGGAUGAGGAAGAUACCGAAGAAGGUACUAAUAAUAAAAGUUAUAAAAAUUUGAAUAGUUAUAAUAAAUUAUCAAAAAAUAAAAAUGUCAAAGAUGAUAGUAAAAAAGUGUUACGUAAUAAUAAUGAGGUUUUACAUGGAAAACCUGAAAAUAGUAAAAGUGUGGAAAAUAAUAAAAGUGAUGAAACUGUGAAUAAAAAAUUAAAAAAUAAAAAACGAAAAAAAAAGAAAAAAAAAGGAAAAAGUACUACCGAAGUUAGUGAUGAUAAUAAAAGUGAUAUAAAUGAUAUAAGUGAUGUAACUUCAAAGCCCAGUGAAAAAAACAAAAUAAAUAAUAACAAAGUUGGUGUUAAUAAUAGUAGUAGUAAUCAUAAUAAAAAUGGUUCUACAAAUAAACAAAAUGAAAAUAAUUUAACCUCGAAUUUAAGCAAAACAUUGAGUAAUAUUGAAUCCGGUUUAUAUAAUAACGGGAAAAAUCGAGGAGAUUCAACACGCAAUGUCAGUAAUUUACCACUAUAUAUUAUUCUUGAUUGUAGUGCCGUGUUAGAUAUGAAAGAACUAUGGAAAGAUAAAUCAUUUUUGCCAUUUAGCUUUCCAGGGUUACUUUAUUUAUAUAAUAAUAAAUUAUUAAAAGGAUCAAAUAAUAAGAAGAAGGCUAACAGUAGUAAAGACCUUGAAAGUGAAAGUUCAGGAUUUGGUGGUAACAUAAAUACUAACAUUAAUAAUGGCAAAGCAAAUGAUAAUUUUAUUUGCCUAAUGUGUAGUUAUGUUGCUAAUGAGUUAAAGUUAAUUUGUGAAAAAAGUGAAAUUAUUAGACAAAAAAUGAUAAAUUUAAAAUUAAAUAUAUGGGAUAAAUUAUCAGAAAUUGGUGUGUUAGAAUUUUUAAGUGUUCCAAAAGAUUUUAAAGAUAAAAAAAAUUUAUUUUUAAAUUCCUCAUUUUUAACAGAUGAGCAAAUUCGACUAGCUAAUGAACAUUAUGAUAUAUCUCACGAAACACUUCAGAUGAUUCAAUUUUCUAUAUUAUGGUCUACAUAUAUUUAUAAAAUAAGUAAUAAAGAGAUAAUUAUAAAAAAUAGCAAAAAAGAAAUAAAUAAAGCCGAUGUUAAAAAAAGUAAAAAAACAAUAUUUACAGAAGUGUUAUAUUUAACAUCUUCUUCAAAUAUUUAUUCAUUUUUUGAAUAUUUAUAUGGACAAAAUAUAAAUCUUAUAUUACCCCUUUGUAUAACGGUUAACCAGAUAAAUAAGUAUAUCCAAGAUGAGCAUAGUUAUAUAGUUGAUUUAUUGAUAAAUGAAAAAUCUGCUGAUAAAAAUAUAAAGUUCGAUUUUAAUAAGGCUUUUUUCCAGCAAUUUAUACGAGAAAAAUAUGCAAAAUAUUUGCAAAUUUCGAAAGAAAAAGAAGUGGAAAAAGAUGAAAAGGUAAAAAAUGUCAAAAGCCCAAAAGGUAGUGCAAAAGGUGGAAAUAAAAAUAUGGAAAAAAGUGAUGACCAAUUGAUUUCGGGUGAAAAUAAUUAUGAUACGGUUAAUGGUAAUCCAGAUAAAUCAUUUUCAAAAGGAAAUGCAAAUUCUGGAAUGGUUACUAUGCCACGAAAUAGUAAAGAUAUAAAUAAUCGUAAUAAAAAUAACUUUCCUCAUGGAAAUAUUAAUGAUCCUAACUUGAAAAAUAUGUAUCCUAUGGAUGAAUAUAAAAAUGGCAAUUUUCAAAUUAUGAAUAAUUUAGACCUUUUAGAAAAACGCGAGUUUGACAUUAACAAUGUCAUGUUAAAAAGUGAUAUGCAUGGAGAUGGAAAAGUUGGUAAUAAUAAUGAAGUUACAAAUGACAUAAAAAAUAAUAACAGUUUAGAUAAUAGAGAUAACGUAUCAAAUAUGAAGGGAAAUAAACUUAGUAUAUAUAAUUUGCUGGUAAAUGCUUUUAAUGGAAGUAAGAAAAGUAGCAAAGGUUCUGGAAAAGAUAAACGAAGCAAUCCCACAACAGUAUUGGGUGAUGAAAGUGGUAUUAAUUUAUCUCCUGUAAAUAAUACAUCUUUAAAUUCAAAUUUAGAUAUUGUUGAAAAUAUAAGUAAGGAUAAUAAAUAUAUGGAUCAUCAAUCUCCGAUGAACAUACGAAAUAGUGAAAAUGUCGACCCGCUAAAUAUUGCUAAUAAUAAUGCAGCUUUACUUUCCCAUUUAAAAGGUGGGAACGGCGUCGAUAACUCACUUAUUUCACCCCACAACAUAAGGGACAGUAAGAAAGGGACACCCACUAAGAAUGCCAACAAUGUUAUAAAUAAUACAAAUAAAAUAAAUAAAAAUAAUCAGAUGAAUAAAAUUGAAAUGACGAUGCCUAAUAAAAUGGGCAAUGAAAAUAAAAUAAAUAAAAGUAAUAGUCGAAGUCAUAGUCAAGAUAGUCGAAAUAAUAGUAGCUUAAUUAUGAAUAUGAGCAAUGUAAAUAAUAAAAAAUAUAGUACACAUAAAAAUGAUAUAGAUAUGUUAAAUAAUAAUGGAUUGGAGUUAAAUAAUUUAUUAGGUACUUUGCCUAAAAAUUUAAAUGAUAAUUUGUCUAUGUAUUUGGAAAACAAAGGAAAUAACAGUAGUGGGGUGUUACCUAAUGAAGAUGGUAUACCUCAUUUUAAUCAAAAAUUUAGCAAAUUAGAUGGUGAUAAUAAUGACAGUCAAGUUGUUAUGAUUAAUAAGGAAGAACAUCAACGAUUUGUUUAUCUAAAAAAUAUUAUUGAUACAUAUCGGGGUGAUGUAUUAAAUACAUGUUUAUUAUUAGAAGAGCUGAUAUUAAAUCAGGCAAUGUGUAAAUAUGUCCCAACGGAGUUAUAUAAUAAAAUAUUAAAAUGUUAUGAGCGACUUGAUAUGAUGUUAACAAAUAUAAAUAAAUCAAAUAAUGAUAUGGGAAUGAAGAGAGCAAAAGAUUUAAAUAGUUUAAACAAUAUAGGAAAUUUAGAAAAUAUGGAUUAUAUGAAUUUGAGUGGUAUGAAUAAUGUAAACUUUAAUGAUAUGGAUAUAAAAAUGGAUGAAAGUAUGUUAUAUGAAGAUUUUAAAAGUUAUUGGGAUAUGGCUUUCUCAAAAAAUAAAGCUUCUUCCCCUUUAACAACCAAAGACUUUCAUAUAAAUGAUAUAAAUAACAGUAGUAGUAAUAUUUUGAAUAAAAAUGGGACUAUAAAUAAUAAAAAUCAUAUUCAUAUAAAUCAGUUAUUUUAUGAGCAAGGACAUGGAAAUAAAAUGAAUAAUAAUAAUCACCCUAUGAAUAAUAAUGGGGGUUUAAAUAAUACAAUAAAAUCAAAUAUCGGAAUGGUAAAUGGUAGUAGAGGAAGUACCAACAUUAUUGGUAAUAGUAACAUCAACUUAAAUGAAAUGAAUCAUAAUAAUUUGGGAAAUUCAAAAAUGAAAUCCCAAAAAAAAAAAGAUUCACAAAAUAUUAUGGAUACAAUUAUUAAUGAUAAUAUGAAUAGCACUAUUGGAGGUUGUAUUGGAAAUUCUAAAUCGAAAAAAAAUUCGAAUGACAAUGAUGAGACUAACAGUCAAUUAAACACUUUAAGUGAAAACAUGAGUUUGAAUUAUAAUAAUUUGAAAAAUAGUAGUAUCAUGAAUAAGAAGAAAUAUUUAUCAAAUAUGAAUAAUAAUGGAGGUAAUAAUAUUGACUUGGUAAAUUUUAUUAAUAGUGCAAAUAAUAAUCUUAUGAAAGGGAAUGGUAUGAUGAAUGGGCCAAUGUUAAAUGGCAAUAAUAAUGUGAAUAUUAUAAAUGCAAAAAAUAGUAAUACUACUAAUUAUACAGCUGACAUAAAUAGUAAAUUAGUAAAAGAAUUAAGCAAUUAUAAUUCUAUGAAUAAAGAAAGAAGUAUGAGUCAUAUCGAAGAGUCUGAUAUGAAAGCGGUUAAUAAAUUGUUAAUGCUUAAUAAUAAUAAUUUUCCUAAUUUAAAAGUUAAUAAUAAUAAUGAUGCUAUCUUAACAGAUUAUAGCAACAAUAAUAAUAGUAAUAAUAUAAUGAUAAAUGCUGAGGCCUUUUUUAAAAAACUGAAUUUGUACAAUGAUGACCAUAAUAAUGCAAAUAAUAAGGACGAGGGAAUUGGACGUGACUCUAAUUUAUUGUCACUAAUUAACAUGAACAGAAAUAGUAAAAGCUCAUAUAAUGUAAAUCAAAAAGGAGACAACAAUAAUACACUUAAUGAAUAUGAUGAGCCAAGAGAUAAUAACAGUUUUAAAAAACAACUAAACAAUGAAAAUCACUUAUAUAAUAUGCAUAGCAAAAAUAUAAGAAGUGAUAUGAACUUAAAAUAUUUGGAAGAAAUUAAUAACCAAUUUAACUUUAUGCCUCGGGAUAUUCGAAAGGAAAGUGCAGAGCACAAUCUUAUGAAUAUACUAAAUUUUCAAAAUAACUUAGAAAAUAAAAUUCAAAAAUAA